GUCCAAACCCCUUCUUCUUGCUCGAGGGCCUUCGUCUUCGACUCCACUGCCAUGUCUUCUCGGCUCGUCCGAUCCCGCCUUGUCCGUCUUCUUGCGAAGCAGAGGAGCGAGCGCAGAGCUCUUAGCGUCUCCGCGGCUCCUCCCAAGGAGCCCAUCGUGUCCUCGGACGCCCUCCUCAACGACGAGUCCUCUUCUCCCCCUUCCCCACCGCCUCCCCCUUCUUCCACCGCCCGGCGAUCCUGGAGCCUUCUCAAGCUUGGAUCUCUCGCCGCUGUCACCGCCGCAGUCGGAACCACUGCCUACGCAACUUACGCAUAUACGGUAGAUGAGGUGGAAGAGAAGGCAAAGGUUUUGCGGGAAAUGACUAAAGGCCCAGUAAGAGAUGACACAUCUAGUUUCCAAAAAUAUAACAAUUUGGUUUAUUCCACAGUCAUGAAAGUUCCUGUCAAAGCACUUGAGCUGUACCUGGAUCUUAGGAGGGCAAUUGAAGAUCAUGUUCGGGGAUUUACUGAACCAUCAUCAGAGAAGCUGCUUCCUGAUCUACAUCCUCAAGAACAACAUGUUUUCACUCUUGUUCUAGACCUUAACGAGACUCUUGUAUACUCUGACUGGAAGCGUGACAGAGGUUGGAGAACAUUUAAAAGACCUGGAGUUGAUGCCUUCUUGGAACAUCUUGCUAAGUUUUAUGAAAUUGUCGUGUACUCAGAUCAACUGAGUAUGUAUGUUGAUCCUGUACUAGAAAGGCUGGAUCAGAAAGGUUGCAUUCGUUAUAGACUGUCAAGAGCUGCAACAAAAUAUGUGAAUGGAAAGCAUUAUCGGGACCUAUCAAAGCUGAAUAGAGAUCCUUCACGGAUACUUUAUAUCAGUGGGCAUGCUCUAGAAUCUAGCCUUCAGCCCGAGAAUUGUGUACCUAUUAAGCCCUGGACGCUAGAAAAUGAUGACACCGCACUUCUAGAUCUUAUUCCAUUUCUUGAAUAUGUGGCUGUUCAUAGACCUGCUGAUAUAAGACCUGUGCUUGCAUCUUAUCAUGGCCAUGAUAUAGCUAGCGAAUUUAUUGAACGCUCCAAGGAACAUCAGAGGAGGAUGCAAGAUCAGAAACAGCAUGGCCGUUUCUGGAGGCGUUGAAGCUGAUAUACAUAGCAUGACUGUUAUGACAACAGUUAUGUUCACUUAAUCUCUUGCAAAAAUUUUGAGUAUCUUUGUUCUUGUUCAGAUUUAAGCACUCUGCCAUGACAUCUCACGUUAGCCUUGUAGCAGAUUGGAGGGGUGAUUCUCUUCUUUCGCUUGCUCACUUGAUUCUUUUUGUUUUAAGAGCUUUCUGUGUACCAGUUAUAAAUGCCAAGACUAAAUUCCUUUGUGAUCGAGUUCUUAUUGUACUGAUUCAUAAGGCUUUUACAUAAUGCCUCUAGCGGUGUUGGCAUUAUACAAUUUUCCUUUAUGGACUUUAGUCAUUGUAGAGAACUGUUUUGGUCUGUCGAAAUACGUGUGCUUAAUACUUUCUUGUUGGCCAUGAAUUUCUCUCAUAUUAUUA